AUGCCGUAUUCCUUAAUGCCCGGAUAUCAGUCGACAUCCAGUGCAGCACUGUUUUCAAAUAUAAAUCCUCCCUUGCAAGGAUCAGCACAAGGGGGCAACAUAAGGAACACUACUCAGAACAGAACCAUGUCGUUGUCGAACACCUCAGUAGCGGUGUUGAGACAGCAAAUGGACGAUAGUAACCAUGAAUUGGUUAACAUGUUGACCAACCAGAUGGGCAGAGUCUUCAAUCCACUAAUACAAGAAUCUGCUGAAACGAACAGACAGAUGGCGAACCAAUUGACGCGUUUAUGCAAUUUUCAAGGGGCACCGGCCCGACAGAUAACGCCAACGAUUAGACCGACUGUUCCUGUGCAGAUAGAGAUAGGGGCAGCAGAGGAGGAGACAGUCCACAAAGGACAAAUCAUUAGACCCCUGCAACAUCAAGGCGUUGAAUCAGGAGUUGCGAGACGUAACCAGAUGGUAAUGGUCAACCGACAGCAGGAUGCUGAUCAAAUCGUCGACCAACACCGACAAGAAGACUUGGCGGUGGAAAACAAUUUGACAACUAUUGUCGAAAGGGUUAUGGCUAGAAAUAGCAUGGGUGCUACAUUACAAAGGCCAUUAUACAUUUCCCCGUUAGCUGAAUUUAUUCUCCAAGCUGAGGCGCCCAGGGGGAUGAAAGUGCCUAAGUACACUAAAUUUGGGGGAGAGUCUGGUGAAUCGACAAUAGAGCACGUCGUCAAAUACUUAACAGAGUCAGGGGAUCUAGCUCAUAAUGAAUGUUUAAGAGUAAAAAACUUCCCUUCCUCUCUGACCAAGGCUGCCUUUACAUAG